GUGCGCCGGGACGCGCGCUCUUCGCCUAAAGAGUACUGCUUGCUGGAGACUUCACUGACAUACUCAAAACGGAGAAGAUUGGGAAUGAGGCUGUAGGCGCGUGCGUGCCAGUAUGGACAAGAAUUCGGCAGUCGGCUCGGACUCGUCCGGGAGUGUGCAACUCGUAUCCGAUAACCCAGCUACAUCUUUGAAAGGUGAGGCCAAUGCUCAGACAGUUGGAGAGGUAGAUUCGCCUAUAUCUCCAUCCUCUCCAAAUGCUCUAGCGCGAUUCGAGUUCGAGGCGGGUAGGGGCAACGAUGGCAGUAAAAUUUUAAUGGUCGAGUGGGAUUGUUCACACAUGGACAGCCGUAAAAUGUGUCCCGAGGAUCGGAUCGGCUGGGUGGUGUCGUGGGAAGACAAAUCGGCAGCGUACGGGCUCAGUGACAACGAUAAAAGCCCAUCAUCGCUGCUACGAGUAUAUUUUCUUCUACCAGAGAAUGCGUCAAUCCCUCCGUCGGUUACUAUAACACAUUCUCCCACAGGGCGCACGCUCACAACAAAGUGUAUGCCCGCAAUCUUCGCCCCAGGUCUUGGAGCUAGCCCACCAGAUUCUGGUACAAGAGGUGUUUUACACACGAUAUGGGCCAAAAAGCGUCUAGCUGAAAUCCAAGAGGAGAUUAAUGAAGAACUGCAGACUAAUAGCGAAGGCGUCGCCUUGGAGAUGGCACUUCAGGAAAAACAGUGGUUAAUAGAGCACUUUGGCUUUGUAGACUUGGAUACACAACGACGUCCGGCGCUUCCCGCAACACCCCAAAGCCCACGGUCCCCUGUGGGUGGACGAUUAGGAGAAAUGCUACGAGGCCUUAAGCUCUCUACAUCGGCGGCAGAUCUCGCUAGGACACCAGGCACUACACCGCGGCAGGCGCCUCAAUCAUUUUCACGGGGUGCUUUGAAUGUCACCUCGGUACCCAACUUGACCACGCCAAAGCCUAAUUCUACUGGUGUCGCUUCACUCGAUGCUGUUAUCAACAAUACUGAACCUGCGGCAUCAGCGCCACAGAUCAGAGAUACUGAGGACGAGUUAUUUGCUCUCCCUAUGAGUCCACGAAGCCCUGAAAUGAAGACUAGCCCGUUUAGCUUCUUAAAAUAAUGUGAAGUACAUGGUUUUGUGGGAAGCAACCCUCUAUAGCGGGCUCUUGGUGAAAUAGCACUGCGGCAAUACCGAGGGUCGUACGAAACAUUUUGGGGGUCUUUCUUCGUGGAGAGUAUCCGGAAAAAAUAGCAUUGGGGAGCAACUUCCAUCACUACCGGACGUAGUGCCAUGUAUUCCGAUCACACCACU